GCGUUUGCGGAAAGCAAUUGCAAACAGCUCCUACUGAACGUGGGCAGUCCUCCAUGGUAUCCAUUGCCAAAUCGCAAGCUAUGAAAAAUCGAUACACAGCGCAUAGAAUUAUUCACUGUGCCGUUUUCCCUUUUUUUUUUUUUUUUGUUAAACUGUCGCUCACAUUUUACUCGCCCAAAGAAAGGCCACGCAGUAUGGCGUAAUCUUCCCACAGUAAAAGCGUUCUGUCGUACGCAAACGCUCAGCUUCACCGUUCUCUUUUUACUUUUGGCAGUCGUUCCGGGUUUCCCGGCCUAGCCGUAGCCAGGAGCUGGGGCGAAAGCUCGUUGCCAACCAAAAAAUGGCAGCCCCAGAAUGUAUCCAUAUCAACCGUAGCUCGAAGGGGGGCAAACGAUGCGAACGUAACAUUACGGCGCUGGUACAUAGAACCGUACCCGCAGUAGGCGGAGUUUAGACGGAUGGAGUCGUUUUAGGAUGUGUGAACGCUGGGGAACGGUGUCGGGUUUCGCUGAGAGGCAGACACAGUUUCACGAGUCGUGCGUAGGUGGAUGGGAGGAGGAGGCUACGUUGGUUGAGAGGCUACGUUUUCCGCUGUAAAUUAGUUCGCCGGUCAUUAAAAAGUGAUUCCGAAGGCGCAGCGGGGACUGCAAAUAUUGGGGAACUCGUGUUUUAUAGGGAUUCAACGUACGGCUAAUGCAGUUGGGCUACGGUGAAUGCGAAUGUACGAGCUCUUGUGGAGCAUUGUGGAGCGCCGUGGCACGGGAUGUGUGCAAAAUUCUUAUCGCAUACCGUUGAGGGUAGUUACGUAAGACAUGGAAAUGCCAGAUUCACAGGAAAGAAAUUAGAAUGCAUUAGAAUAAGAUGGUAUUUCUUGUGCUGUUCGGGCGAGCACUUCACCAUUUAAGCUUAUGAAGGUAAUUAAGCAAAAGGAGAGAUUGUUGAGCUACAAUAAUCAUCUGCUAUUAAUAAAAUAGCGUUGAAGACUAUUUAUUGCUGGUGCUUUUGUUAUGCUAUAAGACGACACAUAGAAUUUGAUAGGAUUUUAUAGUGAGUACGUUUGAUUAUAGUUGUUAGAACGAUGUGUGGGUAAAUUGCAUACUUUCAGGCAAAAAAAAACAAGUUUUGUUAAAUAUUUACAUAUUUCACAGGGCACUCACCCCAAAAGUUCUAAAUUCUUGUUCACUACUAUUUUCAUACUCCGCCUAAACCUGUACUGCACCAUCAAAGGGAUAGAAAAAUGCCUGUUUGCUACGUGCUUGACUCAUCAACGCAACACCGGAGCGUUACUAUGGGAACAGUACGGUCCAGCAAGCACGAGCAAUGCUCUUUCAUCCCGUUCCCAAAUAGCUCAUGUGGUUUCCAGGGCAACCAAUCAGGUUAAAAAAUGGCCAAAAUGAAGCUCUUUUUCUGUGAAACCAUUCGGAAAACGCUUCCCCCCCGAGUAUCGGGAUGGGGUUAAUGUUGAGCAGCACGUUAUUAUGGCAACCAGAAAUAAGUUAGAAAAUGUGGCAACAACCCCAAUGCCCCCAAAAGAAUGUUCCCAAUAGUGACCACCUCCGUAGCACUCUCGGUGGGCGCUCAUUACAUUCUUCGGUGCUCGCGUUACUCGGUUAAGUGAGCUGUUUGAACGACUUUAUUAACUUCCGCCGUGACCGGCGAUGGUAAAGAUUCCGGCAAUGUUGUCACAAACCGUCCGUAUCCGUGCUGCCGUGGGCAAACAUUGGGCGACGGGGGGAACGAAGGACAAACAUGAAGGACAGGGGAAAAAUCGGGAAGAAAGCAAAUCGCUCUAUCGAAACGCGCGUUGAGUUGGAUUAGAGAGGGAAGAGGCAGAGUCAGAAGGUGGAAGGACAGAAGUGGCAAUAAGUUGGCACCAACGAGAUAUGGCACCGUACGGGGGUGUGUUGCAUAAGUUCUGGGAAUUCCUUGGACGCGUGUCGGUUUGCGAUCGACCGGAACCCCGUGACCGGAGUCGUUGGAAGUCGCACAGUAACGGCGCGGAGAACCCCUGCAGCAGCAUGACGGUUGUUGAAUGGGAUGAAAAAGAAGACACACACGCACACAAAAAAUGACACCCGGAUUAAAUCGAGUGUGGCACCGCUGAUAAGAUUGGGUUGGAAAUAAAGAGUGCGAUUUGUGAUGAACAAGGCCGUGUUCACGAUGAACACGAUGAUUGAUAGUAGCGUCGGUGUCGGUCGUUUAGUAUAUCACACUCUCUCUGGCCUGUUACCCUGUUGCCUGUUACAUGUUGUUGUGGUUGUCAUUAAGCGAAAACAACUCCACGAAGGUCUCAACGGUUUUUGUGCAGCUAGAAAGCGACCAAGAAUCGACUACACACACUCUAGACACACCUAGACUUGGGUCUCGUCUUUCUUUGGCAGUCCAGCGGCGUCGUUUAACGAUAAGUAAUGGAAAAUGAUUAACUGCGCACGUUUUGCAGAGGAUGCCGUAAGGUUGAAACGAAGGCGGCGGCGUAGUCGUUGUUUAUCGUCUGCAUAGCGCUGUGGCCACACGCUCAUCCCCGAUAAAGCCCAGGGCACUUUCAAAACAGUUACUUAAGAUGCAAACGCACGCCGUGGCACGUUUCAGUAGGCUGGCCGAAUGUGUCCGGAAUGCCUCGUACGUCAACCGUGUCCGCAAUGGUUCGAUCAUCGGGUGGUGUGAUCAUUGCUACCGGCAUAGUAGUGCUCCUGGUAGUGCUUCCGGGAACAAACCCUUCAGCCUAUGCGCUAGAACGCGAAGCAACGGUAGAACUGCUGCCGAACGAUCUGGUCAGCGAGGAUCGGGAAACGGACACGGCGAAUAAAGUCAUCGCCACACCGGCACAGGUGAUAGAGCAUCAGGUGUCGAAAACGUGGCGUACAAUCGUGCGGAAGAUGCUGGACGAAACACGGACCAGUGUCAAGCAGAAACGAAUGUUGCCGAGUGGUACAUUAGGAGGCAUUGAGUUCAUUAUCGCAUUGUUUGUUAUGUUUUGUAAAGCGGGACUGAUACAGCUACCCAUUGCUCCGCUGGACGGCGGUUCAAGGUCGAAUCCAGUUUUGCCCAUCACGAAUCCAGUUUCGGGAAAUGAUAUGCUAAAGGGGGAUAUACUGCACUCGAUAACUGAUACCGGUAGUCUUCCAGGGAUUGCAGCAGUCCAUCCGGACACUUCAGUGGUGUCACAGUACGCUGAAGGUGAUCUCUUAUCUGGAGCAGGUGUUUCCAACGUCCAGCACCAGGUCGAUUCGAUACCACAUGUAGAUGUGCCACAUGCUGCAGUUCCUCCCGUACACACCCCCGACUUAGCUCCAACUAAACUUGGAGGCGUGGCAGGAAAGUACGGAUUGUAGUGGCGCAGGCAGGAGGCAAGGGGAAAGCUACUUCCUGUGUAUAAAAAAUGAAAAGACGUCAACACCAAUCACGUGAGCAUUUCCAUUAAGUUUUUUUGCGGGAAAAUUUGUCUGAGAAAUGGCAUAUAAAAAAAACCACAAAAAAAAUUUGUGGUCGUGGCUUAUAAAAAAGCUUUUAAUAAAAAUAAAAUAACGCGUA